CACAUAAAAGUGCAACUUUAGCAGGUAAAAUUUUGUCAGGAACCCAAUUCUGCACAUUAAUAGGGUGUAUAUAUCCAUGAUUACUGAACUUCCAUGAGCAGGCGUCUUUUCGGAAAACCUGGCAACUUUGCAGAAGUGCAGUACUCAACAGCUAAGAUGAGAACUAAUAAUGUGAUACAAAAGAAGUUGCUCUCCGAGGAAGAAGUUUCUGUGGAAUUGGCGCAGUAUGUUAUAUACCUGUCCGACAAAUGUAUCAAGGCUAAAGACUCUUUCACUGUUGUUCUAUCAGGAGGAACUCUGAUCCAUACAAUGAGGAAAUUAGUGGAGAAGCCAAACGCUGACUGCGUUGAUUGGUCAAAGUGGUUUGUUUUUUGGUUGGAUGAAAGGGUUGUUUCUCUGGAGGACCCUGACAGCAAUUAUAAACUGGCUUAUGAUGGUUUCCUUUCCAAGGUACCAAUCCCCGAUGGCAAUAUAUUUGCCAUCGAUGAUGAAUUAUCAACAGAGGAAGCAGCUGAGGAAUACGAGGCCCGUCUGAGAGUUCUUGUUGACAACAGAACCAUAGGCCUGUCAAGUUGUACUGGUUUUCCAAAAUUUGAUCUGGUACUACUUGGCAUGGGACCAGACGGACAUGUAGCCUCUCUAUUUCCUUGGCUUUAUCAACGAUAUGAAGAGGAGCGUUGGGUGACUUUUGUCAAAGACUCACCAAAACCACCCUCAUCAAGAAUUACAAUGACCUUUCCGGUGAUAAACUCAUCUUCAGAAUGUGCACUUGUCGUCACAGGGAAACAAGUAGCUUAUGCAGUGAAAGUGGCUUUGGCUUCUCGAGAGUCUAACUUUAUUCCUCUACCUGUUGAAAUGGUGUAUCCUGAAGGAAACUUGACAUGGUUUCUGGACAAAGAUGCCCUGUCCCAGCUAUCAAAUAUCAACGAUCACUCUUACAACAGCCUGUUUCUUGGACUUGGCUUUCUGGUACUUAUCAUCACUUGUUUACUCUACUACUUCCCUUGUAUUCAUAUUUUUCUGGCUUUGUUAAAACAACAGUAAUGAACUAUGUAAGUCCGGUUCUGAUUCUAUCAGACAUGUAAGACAUUGUCAUGUCUUUUACGUAUAAAAUAUGAUGAAUAAAAGGGCUUCUCAUUUGCAGA